AGUUUGGGAUCCGGAAGCGUAGCGGCUGUCAUCUAAACAAACAAAAUGGGUUGAUUUUGCACAGUGUCAUCAAGAGGCAUCGUCCUCCAUUUGCAAACCUGUGCCAGUCAAAAGAAAGUGACUGGAGGAAACUGUGUGUUCGAGACUUCAACUACAUUUGGAUAAGUUGUUCUUAAGUCAGCCAUGGCUCGGGAGGAAGAGGAAGAGGAGUUGACAGUCAAUGGACCCAAGGAGGUGGACAUGUUUACAUCAGUGCGUUGCCUGGGCUACCUGUCCAGCAUCAACCUCCUUGUGGCGGUAUGCGUGGGCAUGUACGUACGCUGGGAAGUAACAGAUGAAUCAAUGAUUCUGGUCAUCUUCAUCCUGGGCCUCUUUGUCCUGGGGAUAGCCAGUAUUCUCCAUUACUACUUUGCUAUGGAGAAAGCCAGUCUCAGCUUGUUCCAUUUAUGGUUUGGCUUUCUGCUUGGUCUUCUGUGCUUCCUUAACAGCCCCGCCUUGGACUCAAAUGUCACAGAACUGGUUGCCAACUAUCUCCUCCUAGCCAGUGUAAUCAUGAAAGUGGUAUGGGCCAUAACUGAGCGAAUAUGCAGUUCCAUCUGUUACAAACCCACUUUGUUAACAUCAACUGAACUGCUGGAGCUCCUGGGAUUUGGCAUUGCCAGCACCACCAUGCUUCUUCACAAGUCAGUGGCCAUUAUAGGCUUGGUCGUGGCCCUGGGGGCACUCAUUGUGGACCUGAGGAUGAAAUCCCUCCUGGCUUUGCCCAAUCUGGUUUGUUUUGCCUUGGUUACGUCUCUUGUGUUUUUCCAGGCCUUAGGCAUCACAGCCAAUCCUUAUGCCUUAGGCUGCUACCUGGGCAGUCUACUGUGUGAACCCGUGUUGGAUGUGUACUUCAGUGGGCUGGGGCCCAGUGACCGCUGGAUGCCAGUGUUCUCUCUGGGGAAGGUGUGGAGGAGGUUGUCCCUGCUGCCUCUGAGUGUGACUGAGCUGGCCUUUUUUGUCCUGGCUGCCUUAAAGCUGGGACACUUGGAGCUCUGGUACCUGGUGAUUCCAGGCUUCUGCCUGUUUGGCCUUUUCUGGUCCAUCUGCCACAUAAUUCUGCUGAUCACAAUCUGGGGGUUUCACACCAAGCUCAGUGAGUGUCAGAAGGCCUGGCGAGCCCAGCGUUCCAGUAGCCGCAGUCUGGACCAAGUCAUGGCCUCCAGGGGCAUCCGACACUUCUGCCUCAUUUCAGAAAGACUGGUGUUCUUUAGUCUGCUGUCAACGGUCAUACUGGGGGCUGUGUCCUGGCAGCCCUCCAACGGUCUCUUUCUCAGCGCUCUGCUGGUGGUGCUGCCUCUGGAGUCUCUGGCCCACAGCUUGUUCCACGAGUUGGGCAGCUGCCUGGGGGGAACCUGUGUCGGCUAUGCCCUGGUUAUACCAACUGCUUACUGCAGCGCUGAUGGCCAGCCCACUCUCUUACCACCUGAGCAGGUGCAGCAGUUGAACCAGCGCUCUACAGGUAUGCUGAACAGCGUGCAGCGCCUCUUCUCCCACCACAUGAUCCAGACAUUCGGCUGCGACUACUCCACCAGCGGCGUUACCCUGGAGGCCGUGCAGACAAAGCUGCGCGACUUUCUGGAGCGCCGCACUGCAGACGGGCCCCGUCAUGACACCUAUCUGAUUUUCUACAGUGGGCACACAUACAAAGGGACUGGGGCGUGGGCUCUUGCAGGAGGUGAGAGUCUACACCUGGGCCAUUUACUGGAGUUGUGGAAGGAGAAGAACUCCGGGCACUGCUCCCGACUCAUCCUCGUCCUGGACACCGAGAACUCCCUCCCCUGGGUCAAGGAGGUGCGCAGGGUGGAGGGGAUCUAUAUAGCUGUGCAGGGGGCUGAGCUGUCUGCCACCAGGGUCGAUCCAGAGGUUGGAGAAAUCCCGUUAUUAGGGGACUUCACUUCCGAAUGGGUGGAGUUCAACUGCAACCCAAACAGCAACACCCAGUGGUCAGAAAGGGGGAGGACUGUGACGGCCGCCUACGGUGUCUCCAAACGCUGGAGCGACUACACACUUCACCUGCCCACUGGAAGUGAUGUCGCCAAGCACUGGAAGACCCAUUUUCCCAAGGUUACAUAUCCCAUGGUCCACCUGUCCAACUGGUGCUGUGGUCUUAACCUGUUCUGGUUUUGUAGCAUGUGUCUGCGCUGCUUCAGGAGGUGUAAACUAGCUUGGUUCCCACCUGCAGUACUGGACACUGGUCAGGGCAUUAAACUGGUGCAUUCAUAGGUGACAUGGGAAGGUAUAAUGUUCAUUUUGACUCUGGAUGUUUUUGUUUUAUAAGUCAGAGUGUUACUGGGUACAAGGUGUUUAUUUAAAGGAAAAAAAUAGUCUUAUAUACUUUAUACAUGCAGAUUUUACCCCAUGAGUGUAAACAGUAGGUGUUCAGUCAGAGGGUUUCCAGCUUAAUGUGAUACAGUAUUUCAUAGCUAAUCACUAACUUAAUAUUAUAUUUGAACCCCCUCAACAAGGCAGUGAAAUGCCAAAUAAAAUGACCUGUUGCAUGCUGGGUAAGGUGACCUCAAAAAUAAGAUACCACAAUUCCAGUGCAUUAUGGUUCCUUUUUCUAGUAUGAGUUAAAAAGACCAAAUUGUGUUUUUUUGUUUGUGUUAUAUGUUUUGGGUAGUAUUUUGCCAUGGCUGCAUAAUUAUUUUCCUUUUGUUACCACAUGCCAUUUCCAGAAUAUUGUGCCUUUUAAGUGCCUUAAAGAUGGAUUUGGGGUCAUCUUUAAAAUAGUUGCUGAAUUAUUUUCCCUUUUAAGUGAACAAGAAAAGUGGUCUCCCACUGUAUGUGUAUAUAUAUAUAUAUAUAUAUAUCCUUGCUUUGCCUCUUAUUUAUAUUCAGAGGAUUUAGCAGACAGUCUUAAAUUUAAGUGUGUGAGGCGGGAGCAGCUCAGUGUCUUACUAAAGCCUUUCCACAGGAUGGACAAAAUACCUGUUGUGGGGCUGAACUCAGACCUUUCUGGUCACAGGAAAGUCAAACCACGAGGCCAACCUGCCACUCUUGCUGUAAGAUCCUCCCCUUAUCUCUUAGUUUAAAUAUGCAUGUAUUUCUACGCUGAACAAAAGACAGAUUCAUUGGCUGUGAGACAGUAUAUCAUCACCACACAAUGGCCCUCUAUCGUGCCUCAUCUUGUUUAUUUACACAAAUAAAUUUGUCUUGAAAAAGUAAUUUGCUCCUUACAAACCCAGUACAUGCAAAUAUUCUAGCUGCUGUCCGUGCCAUGCUGUGAAACAGCGGCUUGUCAUGCAAAGCAACAAAUCAAGAAGUUCCAAGUUCUUUUUAUUCGUGCACUGGACCAGGAACUCAUACUGACCAUCCUUUUAUUUCCUACUCCAUAUGCUGUCUUUGAUCUCUCACCUAAACACCCCCUUAAAUGUGGAGUGGAUUGCUGCCUUAAAUAGUGUAUUUCACUGAUGUAUUCAAUGAGCUCAAGUGGUAUUUUCUAUAUGUAAUUUCCCAUGUGCAGCAUGUACCGAGCUUGGACACACAUUUGGAAAGUGUGUCCGAACUUUUGCCUGGUGCUGGACCUCCCCUGAGUUAUGACUUCAAAUUUCACAAUUAAACUUGGAUAAUAAACUGAUUUAACGUU